UCGUGACAAUACACAAAAAAAAGGGUUUUAGAGCACUUCAGUGUCUGGCCUCAUCCAAAAUCCCUAAAACCCCACACACUCUCACUUUCAAAUGGUUCCAACUGCAACCCUAUGAAACCCUUUCACCUCCAUUUCCAGAACCCCAACCUUCUCCUCUGCCCUUCCCCUUCCCCUUCCCCUUCCCCUUCCAUGGCAUUCUCCACCGCGCUCCGCGUCCUCCGCCUCUCCCCCUUCCUUCAGCCCUCGCGCCUCCGCCUCUCCCCAUCCCACCCUCGUCUCCUCUCCCCAUUCCAACAUCGUCUAAUAUCCGCCCGCGCCUCGCGCCGUCCGGCGGCGGCGGCCAGGGCCGUUAGGCGCAGCGACGGGAAUGGCAGUGUGACGGCCACAACGGAAAGCGGUAACAGUAGUGAGGGAAGGGUCGUGCCCACGGAACUUCACAAAGAGGCCACGGAGGCUUACAUGGCGUAUGCUAUGUCGGUACUUCUCGGUCGGGCAUUGCCGGAUGUUCGCGACGGCUUGAAGCCCGUGCACCGAAGGAUUCUAUUUGCAAUGCACGAGCUUGGCCUCUCAUCCAAAAAACCGUUCAAGAAGUGUGCGAGAGUUGUUGGAGAGGUAUUGGGAAAAUUCCACCCUCAUGGAGACACUGCUGUAUAUGAUUCCUUGGUGCGAAUGGCCCAGGAUUUUUCCUUACGCAGUCCUUUGAUCCAAGGUCAUGGAAAUUUUGGGUCAAUUGAUGCUGAUCCGCCUGCUGCCAUGCGUUAUACAGAGUGCAGACUGGAUGAUCUGACUGAAGCAUUGCUGUUGGCAGAUCUAGAGCAAGAUACAGUUGAUUUUGUUCCAAAUUUUGAUAAUUCCCAAAAAGAACCAUCACUUCUACCAGCUCGCCUUCCAACUUUAUUGUUGAAUGGUUCUUCUGGCAUUGCGGUUGGCAUGGCAACUAAUAUUCCUCCUCAUAAUCUUGGGGAAGUUGUAGAUGUCCUGUGUGUGUUGAUACAUAAUCCAGAAGCUACUUUGCAAGAAUUGCUUGAAUACAUGCCUGGACCUGAUUUUCCAACAGGAGGGCUGAUUAUGGGAAAUCUUGGGAUCUUAGAGGCAUAUCGUACUGGUCGAGGACGCGUUGUUAUCAGAGGGAAAACUGAUAUUGAAUUACUUGAUUCUAAGACUAAACGGACUGCAAUAAUCAUAAAAGAGAUUCCUUACCAGACCAACAAAGCAAGUUUAGUUGAGAAGAUUGCUGAACUUGUAGAAAACAAGAGUCUAGAUGGUAUAAGUGAUAUUCGGGAUGAGAGUGAUCGAUCUGGAAUGCGUAUUGUCAUUGAGCUGAAGCGGGGAUCAGAUCCAUCCAUUGUUCUGAAUAAUCUUUAUCGCUUAACAUCUCUGCAAUCUACGUUUAGCUGUAAUAUGGUGGGCAUUCUAAAUGGACAACCUAAACAAAUGGGGCUGAAGGAAUUACUCCAGGCAUUCUUAGACUUCAGAUGCUCUGUUGUUGAGAGACGUGCAUUGUUUAAGUUAUCACAAGCACGAGGGAGAAAACAUAUUGUUGAGGGUAUUCUUAUUGGGUUUGAUAAUCUGGAUGAGGUGAUUUGCAUAAUUCGUGAAGCAUCGAGUAACUCAGCAGCAGCAGUUGGUUUGCGCAAUGCAUUCGGUCUCUCUGAGAAACAAGCUGAAGCUCUUUUGGACAUAAGUCUUAGAAGAUUGACCCUUCGUGAGAGUGGAAACUUUCUGGCUGAAAGUAAAUCUUUGAUGGAACAAAUUUCGAAGUUAGAGGAACUGUUGUCCAGCAGGAAAAAUAUACUGGAGCUAAUAGAACAAGAAGCAAUUGAACUGAAGAAUAAGUUUGCCAAUCCAAGACGUUCAAUGUUGGAGGACACUGAUAAUGGUCAACUUGAGGACAUUGAUGUUAUUCCAAAUGAAGAUAUGUUAUUGGCACUUAGUGAAAAAGGUUAUCUGAAACGGAUGAAGCCAAGCACUUUUAACCUACAAAAUCGUGGAACAGUUGGAAAAUCUGUAGGAAAACUAAGAGUGAAUGAUUCAAUGUCUGAUUUUAUCGUUUGUCGUGCACAUGAUCAUGUCCUAUAUUUCAGUGAUAAGGGAACAGUAUACUCAGCUCGUGCUUACAAAAUUCCUGAAUGUAGCCGAACUGCUGCUGGCACUCCUCUUGUUCAUAUUUUAUCUUUAUCUGAUGGUGAAAGAAUAACAUCCAUUAUUCCUGUGAGUGAGUUUGUGGAGGAUCAAUUUUUGCUGAUGCUAACAAUGCAAGGCUAUAUCAAGAGAGUAUCCUUGAAUUUGUUUUCAUCCAUCAGGUCUACCGGGAUCAUAGCUAUUCAGUUGGUUCCCGAUGAUGAGCUAAAAUGGGUCCGUCUUUGCACAAAUGAUGACUUAGUAGCCAUGGCUUCACACAAUGGAAUGGUCAUGCUGUGCCAAUGCAGUAAGAUCCGCACACUAAGUAGAAAUACACGGGGUUCACCUGCAAUGAGACUAAAAAACGGGGAUAGUAUGGCCAGUGUGGACAUUAUACCAGCAGCCAUGUGGAACAACUUGGAAACUUUGUCAAAAUAUCGUGAGAACAGUGGAAAGGGCCAGAAAGGCCCAUGGUUGUUGUUCGUGUCUGAGAAUGGUCAUGGAAAGCGUGUCCCUUUGAGCAGUUUCAGGGUAUCAUCUUUGAAUCGUGUUGGUUUGGUUGGAUACAAGUUUUCCGCAGAGGAUCGCCUGGCUGCUGUUUUUGUGGUAGGAUUCUCAUUAGCAGAGGAUGGUGAAAGUGAUGAACAAGUGGUUCUUGUAAGCCAUAGUGGUACAGUCAACAGAAUUAAGGUUCGCGAUAUUUCAAUACAGUCUCGAUUUGCAAGGGGAGUUAUUUUGAUGCGACUUGAUCAUGCUGGAAAGAUUCAGUCUGCUUCAUUGAUAUCAGCAACGGAUUGUGAACCUGAGGAGGAAGUUCUUGCUACAGCUCAAGGCUAGUAAUAGAAGAACCUCCAUGUCUAAAAGAGCUUACGCUUACCUUGUUCAUUUGCCUUUGAUUAAAUGCUAUUGCUUGAUCCUUGAAUCCGUGCUUGGGUAUGAUCUCUAUUGAAAUCGUCCUAGUUUUUCCCCCUGCUCCGUUUAUAUUUUGUAUUUCUUUUUUGGGGGUGCCUUUGAAAGAUGGCUGGGAGGUCUGUAGAUUGUUCUUGAUGCGUCUUGUAAAUUAUAGUGGGAAGGCAAGUGGAAAUCAUGAACGGGGCGAAAUGCCAUAUUUCAAUCAACUCUACAUUUUGUAACAGCUACAUCAUUAGAAAAAGGUUAACCAUUAUUUCCCAGGUUUGA